AUGAGUGCUCUUUCAUUGCGUAUUAAUGCAAAAGAUGGACGAGCACGGCAGUGCACGUUGACACUUCCUCAUGGAGAAGUGGAAACUCCAGUAUUUAUGCCAGUAGGGACAAAAGCAAGUGUAAAAUCAUUAACAUAUGAACAAGUAAAAGAAAUGGGAUGUCAAAUAUUAUUAGCAAACACUUAUCACAUGUUUCUUCAUCCAGGAGUUGAUGUACUAAAGAAAGCUGGAGGGUUACAUCAAUUUGCUAAAUGGGAUGGAAAUAUAUUAACAGACUCUGGAGGAUUUCAAAUGGUAUCAUUAUCUGACACAAUGACAGUCAAUGAACAAGGAGUUAUUUUCCAAUCAAUUGUAGAUCAUAAACCAAUCAAUUUACCACCUGAAGAAUCUAUUCAUAUACAACAAGCAAUAGGGUCAGAUAUUAUGAUGCAAUUAGAUGAUGUAGUUUCUUCAUUAACAACUGGCCCUAGAGUAGAAGAGGCAAUGGAAAGAAGUGUAAGAUGGUUAGCACGAUGUAAAAAUGAAUAUCUUAAAACAAAAGAAAAACAAAAUUUAUUUGGUAUUAUUCAAGGAGGACUUCAACAAAAUUUAAGAGAACGAUGUCUUGAAGGUAUGGUUAAAGUAGAUACUCCAGGAUAUGCUAUUGGUGGAUUAUCUGGAGGAGAAGCAAAAGAUGAUUUUUGGAGGAUGGUUGAUAUUUCUGCACAAGGAUUACCAGAAAAUAAACCAAGAUAUCUUAUGGGAGUUGGGUAUCCAGUUGAAAUGUUAUUAUGUGUAUUAUUUGGAGUUGAUAUGUUUGAUUGUGUUUAUCCAACAAGAACUGCAAGAUUUGGAACAGCAUUUAGUGAUGAUGGAUUAGUAACAUUAAAGAUUAAUAAAUAUAAAGAUGAUUUUAAUGUUAUUGAUGAAUCAUGUGAUUGUUUAUGUUGUAAAAAAGGAAAUGGAUUAACAAAAUCAGCUCUUCAUUUUAUGUUCACAAAUGGAGCUAUUGAUGGUACACCAGUAGCACAAUAUUUAACUCACCACAACAUAUCAUAUCUCUUUAAUUUAAUGAGGAAGUAUAGAGUGGCAAUUAGAGAAGGUAAAUCAAAAAUAUUUGCUCGUGAUUAUAUUAUUAGAUUUUAUGGAGGAAAAGAGCAUGUUCCCCAAUGGAUUAUUGAUGCAUUAACAAAAGCUGAUGUAGAGUUUGAAUAA